CUGUACCUUUUUUUUCUAGUACAAAAAAAACAACAACAUUCUUUUAAUAGUUCCUUCAUCGACGAAGUAUGGACAUUAUUGUGGACGAGAUUUUUCUGGACAACAACGUCGCCGAGGAAUUAAAUAACGACAGAAUGAACGCCGAGCCCCGGAAGGAAGUCGAAAUCGCACCAUCACCAAUCAGAAUAAAAGAAAAACGCAACAGCAAGGAAGAAAAAUCAAAGAAAAAGGAUGAGAGAAACAUAGAUCAGGUACUGAAAAGUCUGAGUGACUUGGAUGCAGAGAAAAAGUUGAGUGCAGUGGCUAAAAAGUACAUGGAAAUCCUGGAUGAAAAUAGAAAGUUACAGCUACUGUUGAAGAUGACAGAAAAAAAAGUCGUGGUGGUUCAACGAGAAAAGGACCAAUGCGAGUCAGAAAGAAGUAAAGCUGUUUUAACAAGGAGUCGACUGGAAAGUCUGUGUCGCGAAUUGCAAAGACAGAAUAAGGCCAUCAAGGAAGAAAGUAUGCUGAAGAUCAGGGAAGAGGAGGAAAAGAGAAAGGAAGUUUCAGCCAAAUUUCAGAGUACACUGACGGAAAUAACAGCUCUGAUGACUGAAACAAAUGAAAAGAAUGUAAAGUUGCAUGAAGACAACAUGGAUAUACAUAAAAAAUUCAAAACAGUAUUCGAGGAAAUGGAUGCUAGAGAAAAGCAGUUUGAAGAGAUGCAUACAAUAAUGAAAGAGGAGUUAAAAUCCACGGAAGCAAGACUUGCCAAGGUUAAUCUAGAAAUGGCAGAAGAGAAGGAGAAAUUGUUGAGAGAGAAAAGUCAGAUGUUGAUCACAUUGACUGAAUAUCAAAAGAAAAUAGUUGAACUGCAAAAAACAGAAGCAAACUUGCGUUCUCAGGUUGCUAUGUACACGGAUAAAUAUGCUGAUUUUCAGACUGCUUUGUCAAAAAGUCAUGAAGUCUUUGGCGAAUUCAAUAGUCAAAUGGAAAAGAUGUCCAAAAAAAUUUUAAAACUGGAAAAAGAAACAAACAUGUGGAAAACACGAUGGGAGAAAAAUAACAAUGCAUUACUAGACAUGGCAACGGAGAAACAAACGAGAGAUGCUGAGAUGGUUGCAUUGAACAAAAAAUGUUCACUUCUUCAAGAGUUGUGCAAAACUUUCCAACAAGAAAGGGCCAAAUUAAUAGCUCAGUUAAAAGAGAAAUCGCAGAACAGCAAUAAUGAAAAUUCAAAUGACAACAAUGCCACUAAUCAUCCAAUUACAAAUGGUUCAGAUACUUUGAACGAAACAAACGACAAAGUUGCAGAACAAACCAAAGAAGAAAAGACUGAAUCAACAUGUCCUCUUAUCCUUGAAAGCAAAGGAAAUCCAGAAGUUUGUUGUCAAGAAAUUGUAAAUAGUUCAGAUGAAAAAAAAAAUUUAGUGUAUAUACCUCCAAAAACAAAAGAGAAUGAACAAGUAUCUGUUGACCCAGAAAACUGUAUUCAAGCUAAAAGUUCUCCUUCUGAGCAGUUAGUAGAGCAAAAUUCAGUUAUUGCAAAUGAAAGUACUCAUAAUACAGAUGCAGUAACUGCAAAUGGAGAAGUACAUCUCGAUUCUGCAUCAAAUAAAAAACACAAGGAAGGAAAGAAGAAAAGGAAGUAAGUUUAUUUCAUGAAGUAACUAAUUCAUACACUGAUCAAGUGAAAGAUAUAAAAUUAUUAGAGGUCGAUCUGAGUCUUUUAGCCAGUAAGAUUUUUGAUAAAGGAGGAAUUUGUAUUUGUGAGUGUUCUUUUAUAGAAAUCAAGAAUACCCAUUGAUAUUGUGUCACUAUAUUUGUCAAUAGAUCUUGAAUAGAGCUUUUUGAGGAUUAAAUCCUUUCAUUCUAGUUCCUGUAUUUUGUAAUCAUCUGGUUGUAAUAUUCAAACUCCCUAUUUUAUUCACAAAAAUUUUGUAAUUUUGUAUGAUAAACUAAAAAAGUGGAUUUAUUUACCUUCAUUGGUUUACCUGUGUAAUUUAAAUUUUUGUGAGUAAUUCUUGCCAAAUGUUAGUACAAAUAUUAAUAUCCUUCUUUCCAGUAUAAUAAACAAUGUUCUA